UAAGCAUUAGAACGAUUUCGGCGAUCAAAGCGUGAGCAGCAAGUGCUUAGUCCGCGGAGAAUUGAGAUUAUUGAAAAGGUCGAUCGCCAAACGAAGCGGUUGAAAAUACAACAAAAGUAUCACAAUAAAAAUAUAAUUCACUAUCUAUGCCUACUCAGGCAUAUGUAUACAUGUGUAUGUACGUAAGCAUGUUUCAGUGAUGAAAUUCAGUUGUGGAACUUGUCGGAAUAUGUGUCGGGAGUAUUUUCAUAAAAUACCAAGAUAAUUAUAAAAUAAAACACAUGAGAAUGCGUUCAAUAUCAGAAUGCACUUUGGAACGUUAUCGUACUAUGCAAAUAUCAAAAAUCAAGAAAGUGUGUGUGAGUGGAAAAUUUUAAGCUACCAAAGAUCGAAUGUAUCUACAAGAUACAAUCUGUUAAUUCCUAAAUAAUAAUAAUUAUAUUAACGAUAAGCGCGUGUCCGCAAAUCCCUCUUGGGUGCUAAUGAAAUCGCAUCGAAAUAGUCACCAAAGUUUAAUAAAUCCAUUGGUAAAUAAACAUCACGUCGGAAUCUCAUGUAACUGAACGUUAAACUUAAAAGUACCAGUGAGCCAUUAUUACUAUACGGAAUACGUGUGCGAAUUAUUUAUUAAAAAAAAGUAAACAAAACUAAUUAAACAAAUAGCAAAAGAUCAAAAUGCAGUCAUUAAAGGCCGAUGAGCUACCGGAGAAUCCCGUUGAACGAGCCAAUUGUUUGUCGGAAUUAAUGUUUUGCUUUGCCAUGCCCGUCUUGUUCAAGGGUCGCAAGAAGACAUUGGAGCAGACCGAUCUCUAUCGACCCCUAAAGAAUCACAAAUCAGAUACCCUUGGAGAUCGGCUGAGUGCAGCCUGGGACGAGGAAGUCGCUCAAAGAUCGGCCCAAAAUCAACCACCCCGCUUGAUGCGUGUUGUAAUUCGGGUAUUUGGUUGGCAACUAUUCCUUACUGGAUUUUUGUUACUUGCUCAGGAAUUUCUCACCAAGGUCACCCAACCAAUUUGUCUGUUUGGGAUUAUGGCCUAUUUUGCGAACGAUGAUCCUGAUGUGACCAAGGCGCAACUCUAUGCCGCCGGUCUUAUGGCGGGCUCGGUGCUUACUGUCUUCUGGGGACAUCCUUAUAUGCAGGGUCUGCUUCACUUGGGCAUGAAGAUGCGCGUCGCUCUCUGUAGCUUGAUUUAUCGUAAGGCGUUGCGCUUAAGUCGCACUUCUCUGGGAGAUACGACAGUCGGUCAAGUGGUGAAUCUACUGUCCAACGAUGUGGGACGGUUCGAUACCGUUCUGAUCAAUGUACAUUACUUGUGGGUUGCUCCCGCGGAGCUGAUUCUGGUCACAUAUUUCAUGUAUGCUCAGAUAGGGGUUUCCUCACUUUUUGGCGUCGCCGUUAUGUUGCUUUUUCUGCCAUUACAAGCCUAUUUGGGUAAGAAGACAUCGGUGCUAAGACUACGUACUGCUCUCCGGACUGACGAACGCGUCCGGAUGAUGAACGAGAUCAUCUCUGGUAUCCAGGUGAUCAAGAUGUAUGCCUGGGAGAAGCCCUUUGGCAAACUAAUCGAGCUCACCCGCUGCAAUGAGAUGAUCUGCAUUAAGCAAGUCAACUACAUUCGUGGAAUCCUCAUUUCAUUCGCCAUGUUCUUGUCACGCAUUUUUACAUUUAUGAGUCUCGUCGGCUACGUUCUUCUAGGACACAUUUUGACCGCAGAGAAGGCCUUCUUCAUCACUGCCUACUAUAACAUAUUACGACGCUCGGUUACCAUGUUCUUCCCACAAGGCAUUUCACAAUUUGCAGAGCUUAUGGUGUCCAUCAAACGUCUCCAGACCUUUAUGCACCGAGAGGAGACUCAGGUUCUUGACAAAUCAAAUGCAAUUACUGCACCCAACACUCUUAACGAUAAGGAACAUGGCUCUCUAAUCAACAAUACUAAUGGGGAUGUGGCAAAGGUCAAUGGCAAUGAAGAGACUCUCGUCGAAUUCAGUCAAUUUAAUGCCAAGUGGACAACUCAAAUCGCAGAUAACACUUUGGAGAAUAUCAAUCUACAGCUCGGCCGACGACAGCUUGUUGCUGUCAUUGGUCCCGUUGGCGCUGGCAAAUCCAGUCUGAUCCAAUCCAUUCUCGGUGAGCUGCCCGCAGACAGAGGUAGCCUAAAGGUCAAUGGCAGGUUCUCCUACGCUGCCCAAGAGCCUUGGCUCUUCACUGGAACUGUUCGGGAGAACAUUCUCUUCGGAUUGACCCUGGACAAACAUCGCUAUCGCACCGUAGUCAAGAAGUGUGCGUUGGAACGUGACUUUGAGCUACUCCCUCAUGGUGAUAAGACGAUCGUUGGUGAAAGAGGAGCUUCACUCUCUGGAGGACAGAAGGCGCGCAUAAGCCUGGCGAGAGCUGUAUACCGACGGGCGGAUAUUUACCUGCUGGACGAUCCACUCAGUGCUGUGGACACGCAUGUUGGUCGACACUUGUUCGACCAAUGCAUGAGAGGAUAUCUUAGAAGCGAACUCGUCAUACUGGUAACACAUCAGUUGCAGUUUCUGGAACAAGCCGAUCUCAUUGUCAUAAUGGACAAGGGAAAAAUCAGUGCCAUGGGAACCUAUUCGACGAUGAAAAGCAGUGGCUUGGACUUUGCUCAGCUAUUGUCCGAUCCCAACAAGGAUGAAGACGGUCUCAAUGACAAUGGGAGCGAGGCCGGCGAUAUAUGGGAUCGGUUAAGCUUGGCCUCAAGAAGCAGACGUGGUAGCAAAACCAGUCGACAAACUUCACGCAAUGAGAGCUUCACCUCGUUAUCCUCUCUAGCUGAAUCGGUUCAGGACACAGCCGUGGCUCCGCAGGAAACACGUGUCGAAGGAAAAAUUGGCAUGAGCCUCUAUAAGGAAUACUUCACUGCUGGCAGCGGUUGGCUCAUGAUAAGCUUCAUGGUGUUUCUGUGCUUAGGAACACAAAUUCUGGGCUCUUCAACAGAUGUCUUUCUUUCCUAUUGGGUUGACAAGAACAAAAACUCUGCAAGCAAAGAUUCAGAUCCUGUCGAUAUCUACUAUUUCACAGCCCUUAACUUGGCCGUGAUCGUGUUCACCUUGGUUCGAACUAUGCUCUUCUAUAAGUUGGCCAUGCGCAGUUCUACAAAGCUUCACAAUGCCAUGUUCCGUGGCAUCACAAGAGCGGCAAUGUACUUCUUCAACACAAAUCCCUCGGGUCGGAUAUUGAAUCGAUUCUCAAAGGAUCUGGGACAAAUAGAUGAACUCCUGCCAACCGUCAUGUUGGAUGUGGUUCAGAUUUUCCUCACCUUGACGGGCAUCAUUGUUGUUCUCUGUAUAACCAAUCCUUACUAUUUACUCUUAACUCUUGGACUAGGCAUCAUCUUCUAUUACAUAAGAGAAUUCUACUUAAAGACCUCGAGAGACGUGAAACGGCUGGAGGCAGUGGCCAGAUCUCCGAUCUACUCUCACCUGAGCGCUUCUCUCAAUGGUCUUCCAACGAUUCGAGCAUUGGGAGCACAGAAAACAUUAAUUGCCGAGUUUGAUAAUCUACAGGAUCUGCACAGUUCAGGCUACUACACCUUCCUGUCUACUAAUCGUGCUUUUGGCUACUACCUAGAUCUCUUCUGCUCGCUGUACCUUGUCGUAAUUAUACUUAACUACUUCAUCAAUCCACCGGAAAACUCUGGUGAGGUGGGAUUAGCCAUUACCCAGGCCAUGGGCAUGACGGGAAUGGUACAGUGGGGUAUGCGUCAAUCAGCGGAACUCGAGAACACCAUGACGGCCGUUGAACGUGUCGUCGAGUACGAUGAGAUUGAACCUGAGGGCGAAUACGAGUCCUCGCUAGACAAGAAGCCACCUAUCACAUGGCCAGAAGAAGGAAAAAUUGUGGCGGACGAUCUCAGUUUACGAUACUUCCCCGAUCCACAGUCGAAGUAUGUGCUCAAGUCUCUCAAUUUUGAGAUCAAGCCCAUGGAAAAGGUCGGAAUCGUGGGUCGCACAGGUGCCGGCAAAUCCUCGCUCAUUAAUGCACUCUUCCGUUUGUCCUAUAACGAUGGCUCGAUCGUCAUUGACAGUCGCGAUACCAAUGAACUGGGACUACACGACCUGCGCAGCAAGAUCUCCAUAAUACCUCAGGAACCGGUGCUCUUCUCAGGGAGCAUGCGCUACAAUCUCGAUCCCUUCGAAGAGUACAGUGAUGCGAAGGUGUGGGAUGCUCUGGAGGAAGUCAAGUUGAAGCCCGUCAUCAGUGAGCUUCCGAGUGGACUACAAAGCAUUAUCUCCGAGGGCGGUACCAACUUCAGUGUGGGUCAGAGACAGCUGGUGUGUCUAGCACGGGCUAUUCUUCGCGAGAACCGCAUUCUGGUAAUGGACGAGGCCACAGCCAAUGUGGAUCCACAGACAGAUGCCCUUAUACAGACGACGAUUAGGAAUAAAUUCAGGGAAUGCACAGUUCUAACAAUCGCCCAUCGGUUAAACACUAUUAUUGAUUCGGACAAAGUGUUAGUCAUGGAUGCUGGCCAGCUGGUAGAGUUUGGUUCUCCCUACGAGCUGUUGACCGAGUGCGAGUCGAAAAUCUUCCACAGCAUGGUCAUGGAAACGGGUAAAAGCAACUUUGAUAGUCUACUUAAGGUAGCGGAAAAGGCCCAUUUGGAAUCACAGAAACUUAAAACAGUCUAGGAUCAACGAAUUAAUUAGGUUUAAGCAAAAGUUCCAUUCAAAAUGUACUCCGAAUGCUGGAAAAUGAGUCUCCACUUUAUUUGCUACUUAAAGUAUUAUUUCUAUGAGCUUUAGAAUUUAAUGCUAUUUUUCAACUUAUUUUUAAUAAAUAUCUAAAAAAA